CUUCCUUCUGUUUCCGAGACGUUCAGGGUCUAAACGGGUUCAACAUCGGUCUGCAUGUCUCUACCAAUUCCCUCUAUAAAUCGUCUUCUACCGCCCCCGAAUGAAGAUUAACAGGUAUGCCAAAGGAAAAAUAUGAUCCUCCAGAUCCCCGUAGAUGUUACACCAUCAUGUCUGCCGAGGAGGCGGCCAAUGGGAAGAAGUCUUACUGGGCCGAGCUCGAGAUAUCUGGACGGGUGAGGAGUCUGAGCAGCUCAUUAUGGACGCUCACCCACCUGACGGCGCUGCACAUCAACGACAACAACCUGACCCGCAUCCCGCCGGACAUCGCCAAGCUGCCCAACCUGGUCUACCUGAACCUGUCGUCCAAUAAGCUCCGCAGCCUGCCCGCCGAACUGGGCAACAUGGUCUCUCUCAGGGAAUUGCUUUUAAACAACAAUCUUUUACGAGUUCUGCCUUAUGAACUUGGGAGGCUUUUCCAGUUACAAACCCUGGGGCUGAAAGGAAACCCUUUGUCCCAAGACAUCCUCAAUCUGUACCAGGAGCCCGACGGAACCAGAAAGCUUUUGAACUACAUGCUCGACAAUCUAGCAGUGCACCCAGAGCAGCUCCCCCAAAGACCUUGGAUCACUCUGAAAGAGCGAGACCAAAUGAUUUCCACAGCCGUGUUCACGGUCAUGUGCUACAACGUGCUGUGCGACAAGUACGCCACGCGACAGCUGUACGGCUACUGUCCAUCCUGGGCCCUCAACUGGGAGUACAGGAAGAAAGGCAUCAUGGAGGAAAUCACCAACUGUGACGCCGACAUCAUCAGCCUGCAGGAGGUGGAGACAGAGCAGUACUACACUCUGUUUCUGGAAACACUGAAGGAGCGCGGCUACGACGGCUACUUCUGCCCAAAGUCUCGUGCCAAACUAGUUUCCGAACAGGAGAGGAAACACGUGGACGGCUGCGCUGUGUUCUUCAAGACGGAGAAGUUUACUCUGGUCCAGAAACACACUGUGGAGUUCAACCAGGUGGCCAUGGCCAACUCAGAGGGCUCAGAGGUCAUGCUGAACAGAGUGAUGACCAAAGACAACAUCGGAGUGGCUGUUCUGCUCGAGGUCAACAAGGACAUGUUCUCCGGUGGCAUGAAGCCACCACAGGAGAGGCAGCUGAUCCUGGUGGCCAACGCCCACAUGCACUGGGACCCCGAGUACUCCGACGUCAAGUUGAUCCAAACCAUGAUGUUCCUGUCGGAGCUGAAGAGCAUCGCUGAGAGGGCCUCGGGCUCUGUGGCGACCGGUUCGCCGACCUCCGACCCGUCCUCCAUCCCCAUCGUCCUGUGUGCUGACCUCAAUUCCCUGCCCGACUCCGGUGUGGUGGAAUACCUGAGCAACGGAGGAGUGGCCGAGAACCACAAGGACUUCAAGGAGCUACGCUACAAUGAAUGUCUGACCAACUUCAGCUGCAACGGCAAGAACGGCAACUCAGACGGAAGCAUCACACACAGCUUCCAGCUGAAGAGCGCCUACGACAGCAAUCUGAUGCCUUACACCAACUACACAUAUGACUUCAAGGGCGUGAUCGACUACAUCUUCUUCUCCAAGACCCACAUGAGUGUCCUGGGCCUGCUGGGACCGCUGGACAGCCAGUGGCUCAUUGACAACAACAUCACCGGCUGCCCCCACCCCCACAUCCCCUCGGACCACUUCUCCCUGCUGGCCCAGCUGGAGCUGCAGCCUCCCCUGCCUCACCCGCUCAACCCCCUCAACGGGCUGCACCUGCCGGUCCACAGGUAGUGCAGCCCGAGAGAGCCCCACCCACCCUUCUCACCCCACCUUCAAACACUGUCCUCCCCCCUCCAGCUUUAUACAGGACCCUGUACAGUUUACCGUUCAUGUUAAAACUCAGACACCAUCCGACCCCUCCAACCCUAAGACACACCCACCCAAAAGGAGUGAAGUAUUCGCCCAUUUGUUGCUCCUUUUUGUGUUUUUGCACACUGUAAAUGUUUUACUUUUUCUGUCUCCCCUUGAAAAGGCUUGAUACCAAAUGUUGGGUGUGGGAUGAAGUCGCCAUGGUAACCCCCAAUGUCAAUUUUUAUUUUUUCUACUUUUUUUGCCUUAGAUACAAUGAUGGCUGCUUGUAGAUUCUGCUCCUACAACAACAAACCUUAACUAAGACUAGCAACUUUUUAAAGAUAAAUCUACAACACAAAUGUCAGCAGAUUAGCUGAAUUUCAUUUGCGUUUCUUUUCUCAUUUCACACGACUGUGAAGUGAUCUUUUUAGAGCAAAAACACAUGAUAUUAAUGCUGCAGCACAACAUGCAUUGUGUUAAUGUCACAGUUUGUAGAACUGGAACCUGCGAUCGCUCUCAAACUAACUGACAGGUAUUUUAACAAGAGGAGUAACACUACAAACAACUGAAUCUAAGUUAGGAUUGUUGUGCAGGAAUGUGAAACGUUCACUUACUUCAGUCAUUGUUGUAAACACAGGUCCAUAAUUUCAGCGCUAGUCAGCCAGGAAACACCAAAUAUUUAUUUCAGCUCUGAAUAAAUACCUGCAAUUUUUAAGGUUAAAAAGUCAUGAUUGGGUGUUUUUAAAAGUUAUGUAAAGCCAGUGUAACACUAAAUAGGUGUGUUUCAUAUAGGCAAUAUAGUAUGAAAUUAUGUCAUGUCACAGCUGCAGGUCUUGCGAGUCUUUGGUCACAUAAAAGCACUAAUAAUACUGAUGAAAGGGUGUUUUCAGAGGCUUUCAGAUUGAAACUUGCCUUGUGGAAAUAAUGGAUAGUAUCCUAUGUACUUGUCUGUCAAGUCAAACUUUUCUGAAUCACAUUUCCACUUCGCCUGGGACUAUGUUACUUGGCCCAGUUUUAAAAACCUGAAAAGGAUGCCACCUGACUCACCCAUCGAGCAAAUCUCAACCUGAAAGUUGCCUCACGGUGCUGCGUGGAUGUUAAUGAGCUGCUUCAUUUACUUCUAGGAAUUUCUCCUUCUUUAGUAUGGGUCUUGUACCUUUCUUUGAGUAUUGCUAAAUAUUUAACUUGCAGCGGCAUCGUGGUCAUGUAGCUCAGUGUAGUUCAAAAGAAGCAACUGGUGAGAUUUCUGCAGCACUAUGAAGUAAUUAAGUAAUCAAUUCAGGCCAAAUGAGCACUCAAAUCCCAAAUUUUGGAAGCAUUGCCAUCAAAUAAGCCCCCUACCCUUUAACUUGCUUUUAACACAAUAUUUGAAGACAUGAAAUAAUAAUAAAAUGAUUGUAACACAAUCCUGACAGAGACUAACAAUGCGCUUUAGACUUUCAGCUUUUGAAGUCGUGCUUUUCAACACCUUCGGUCUUAAAAGAGAAUCGUCUGUGUCCAGAAUCUCCCCAGGAUGAGUGACUUAUGCUCUGUCGAUAAUUAGAUAAUAUUUAUUUAUUUAUUGUUGCCAGAGGAAAAAAACUUCCUGAGAAGAAUCUGCUAAUGAUUCAUGACCAGGGGCCGAAUGUAUUUACCAAAGGCUCACUAUAAAAUUGGUUGUUGGAGUCUCUUAAUACCAGAUUCCUGUGGACUCUACACUUUGUAUAUUUGUGUCAGAUGAUUAGAACUAAUAGCCCUUUAUGUAAGUUGUAACUCAGGGCUAUGCUAUGCAUCCAGCAGUACCUCUCAAACGGAAGACUCGGAGUCGCAUCGUACGAGCAAAACCAAACAGGAAGCUAUUGUUCUGAGAAUCCUUUAUAAGCACAGGUAAUGUAUGUACUUACAUACAUGUAUGUUGUUGUUGUAGAAGUCCCACGUCUUUGUGCAUUUUUGAUAAAACUGCCGCUGCACUUUUGCUCCAUUCCCAAAAAGAAUAAAUUCAAAUCUGUCAAACUUUUGAGCCGUCAGAAGGUGCAAAAAUUGCUCAGAUAAAUUUGGUUUAGAGACACAAAGUUUUCCAACAUCAUCAUUUGGUUUUGUUGGAUGGCUUAAAGAGAAGCUCAAGUAUCAAUAUGGGAUCAACAGAAUUUAUAAAUGCAGGGGUUGGACUGGGUAUCAAAACUUGCACCAAUAUGAUACAGUACCUAAGUUUCAGUACCAAUAAAAAAAAUGAUUAAAAUUAUAUUUUGAAAAAAAAGGGGAAAAUAAACAUAUUUCUCGACAAACCCACCUUUGUUGUGUACAAAAGGGGCCAGACGUCUAUAAUGUUUAAUGUGGCUCCAAACCGUGAGGUUAGGACACACGCAAGGGGUCAUACGAUCAUUAACAGGAUAGCCAACAAGAAAAAUCUAAACUAGGUUUAUUCUGGUGACUUUCCUCCAAGUUCAGACAUACGUGGCCGCAGGGGGCUCUGUGUUAAGGGGUGACAAGCAGAAAAGGUUGGGAACCACUGGUGUACACACAAUCAAUCCAAAAUAAGUGUAAAAUUGCAAACAUAGACAUUUAAAUCAGGAACAAUCAGAUUAGAAGAAGAAAUAGUUACAAGUAUUAUCAGAUCAGAUCAGAUGUUCGAUGCCAGCUUUCAGUACUUGACAUCUUUCGAUACGUAGCGCAACAGACUUGUGACUGGUGCAAAAAAAAUGUAAAUACUGCGGUUUGACACCCAGCCCUCUCUCUGCAGGUGGCGUCUAUAAUAGCUGCCUGAAUAUGCACUCGGUGUUCAUAUCAGGCACAGCUCCCACUGUAGUGUCCAGUAAAACCUGAUUUUUUUUUUUGAUAUUGAAUUAAAAAGUAAAGCAAAUUAAUGUGAAUGGAGUUAAAUUAGUCAAAGCAUUUGCUCUUUUCAGUAUUUGAAAAGAAAAGCCAUAAUUUUGGGAUAAAUGGUGUCAGCACAACUCGGCACCCUGUAACCUCAGCUUUAAACUGCAGUCAGAUCAGUUUUACCGGCCUGGACGGGCAGUAUCGGCUUUACGUCAUUUGCACAUGAUUUGACGCUAACGCGAUUCGAUACACCUCCAGUUUUGGUGGAAUUGAUGAAGUCUAUCUUUGUGAGCAUAUUGAGGCCUAUACUUCACUCCUAAACUCACCUCACUGGGUUUUCUGAUUCUGUACAACAGCUGUACAUAAAUUAAAUUAUGACAGGGCGUCUUUCACAGCUUUGAGGGGAAUGUACCAUUCUCUGAUAAAGGGGUGUAUUUUUUUCUCACAAAUCGAAGAUGUACUUGUACUUUUUUCUUUGCCCGGUGCACUAAGAGCUCAUAUGUGAAUACAACCUCCACCUGUCUCUGAUACUCUAGUAGAGACAAAACAUCUCUGUCCAACUUUGUUUUUGAACUAUACGGGCAUUUUCUGUCUCCAACCAACAUGCAGUCUUUCAAUUGGUACUUUGUACAAUUCAAUAUUUCCAAGUUUUUGAGAAAAACAAAACAUAAAUGUUCUAGGUUUAAAAGCA